AUGGCAGUCACAGGCCUAACCGCCCCGGGCCUGAGCCUCGGCACCCUGUUCGCGAUAGCCUCGCUCUCGCUCGUGGCCUACCUCCUGGGCCACGUCGCCUACAACCUCCUCCUCCACCCGCUGCGCGGGUACCCCGGCCCGAGGUGGAUGGCCGCGUCGCGCAUCCCGUACUGCUACCGCCUCGUGACGGGCCGGCUGCCCUUUGACGUCCUCGCGCUGCACAGGCGGUACGGCGAGGUCGUGCGCAUCGCGCCCGACGAGCUCGUGUUUGCCAGCGCGCGGGCGUGGAGGGACAUCAUGGGCCACCGGGGCCCCGGGGAGCCUGAGAUGUCCAAGGCGCCGCAGAUGUAUAGUGUUGUUAAGAGCCAGCCCAAGACUAUUAUCAAUGCCCCUCGUGAGGAGCAUGGACGGCUCCGUCGCCAGCUUGCUCAUGGCUUUAGCGACCGGAGUAUGAGAGACCAGCAGCCGAUCAUCAUCGACUACAUCAACCUCCUCAUCCGGCAGCUGCACGCGAGGUGUGACGAUGGCAAGCGGGCGCUUGACGCCGUGGCCUGGUACAACUACACCACCUUCGACGUGAUCGGCGACCUGGCCUUUGGCGAGCCCUUCGGGUGCCUCCGGUCCGGCGAGUACCACCCCUGGAUCGCCAUGAUCUUCCAGAGCAUCAAGAUCGGGACGCUGUUCCAGUCGGCCGGGUUCUUCCCGUGGAUCCAGACGGCCCUGAUGAAGAUGAUCCCGAAGUCCAUGAUGAAGAAGAGGAACGAGCACCUGAAGUUGACAAAGGAGAAGCUCCUGAAGCGCAUGGACCUGGGGUCUGAGCGGAAUGACCUGAUCGAGGGCCUGCUGAAGAAGAAGGACGAGCUGAACCUCGACGUCGACAAGCUGCAGCUGAACGCAAGCAUCCUGAUCAUCGCCGGGUCUGAGACGACGGCGACCUUGCUCUCGGGGGCGACGUACCUCCUCACGACGAACCCGGAGGCCCUGCGCAGGCUCACGGAGGAGGUCCGGUCGACGUUCAAGACCGAGGGGGAGAUCGACUUCACGUCCGUCAGCACCCUGCCGUACAUGCUCGCGUGCCUGGACGAGGCCCUCCGGAUGUACCCGCCGGCGCCGCUCGGCCUUCCCCGCCAGACACCCAAGGGCGGCGCAACCAUCGCCGGCCACCAUGUGCCAGAAGACACGGUGGUUUCGCAAUACCACUACGCCUUGUACCACAACGAGAAGUUCUUCAAGAAGCCCGAGGAAUACCGUCCGGAGAGGUGGCUCGGGGACCCGGAGUUCGCGACUGACGACCGGGACGUCUUCCAGCCGUUCCAUGUCGGACCGAGAAAUUGCAUCGGGAAGAACCUCGCUUACAUCGAGAUGCGCAUCAUCCUCGCGCGCGUGCUGUGGAAUUUCGACAUCAGGCUGGCCGACGAGAGCAGGAACUGGCUGGGCCGGCAGAAGAUCUACCUGCUGUGGGAAAAGUCCCCGCUGUACGUGUACAUGACGCCGAGGGCGGCGCGGACAAAGGAAUGA